GAUCAAGGUCCCCACAUCUACCAGACGUGCCCCUCAGCGAACUACUUCGACUGCCGCGCGAUGGCGAUCGGAGCGCGUUCCCAAUCAGCCCGCACUUACCUGGAGAAGCAUUUGACCACUUUCAUAGACUGUGAUCUCCAAGAAUUGGUCGCUCACGGCCUUAGGGCUUUGAGAGACACGUUGCCCAAUGAAGUGGACCUCAAUAAUAAGAAUGUAUCAAUAGCCAUCGUGGGUCCGAAGACACCUUUACGCAUUUGCGAGGAAGAGGAGCUGUCCCGUUUCCUGGCUCUGGUGGAGGGUGAGGAGCGCAGGGGCGGCGCCAGUGCCACGGGAGACGCGGGCGCGGCCCCCCCGCGCGACGAGGGGGACGACAGGGACCCCCAAGUGGCCGUGGCCAUGGAUACGGAGUAGAUAUAGAACGAUUGCAGGUGGAGGCAGAAGAAGUUUAUAUAGAAGACACUCUUGAUCGUACUUUUGAUGAAGUGUUCCGCCCGCCUCCAAGUUCUAACUACUUUUUACCUUCUGUCCGACAAUACAGCAAAGGUUGGCCUUGGCCAGUGUUUAAAUUGUCUCUAUGUGCAUUUUGACAGUCCAUCCUUUCACUCAUUCACUCUAUCAUUCGUUCAUUGAUCGGUUAGCUAUGACAGGUUUAUGAUAGGAUUUAAAAUCAGAUCUUUUCAGGGUUAAAAUUAUGUAUAUUUAUUAUGUUGUUGAAAUAGAUUCUUAAUAAAGCACUCUGCCCUCAAAUAAAGAAGAAAAAUAUAUUAAAAAAAAGAAUUAUUGGUUGAAAAGUUAUUGGGUCUAUAAAAGUUUUCUAACGACCAAAAUAAUUGACUCUGGUUUUUAAUAAUCUAAGUUUUGUGCCUGGCUAGUAGGCACAGCAAAAGUGAGGUCACUCGCUAUACAAAUAAGGUCAUCAGUAUAAAUAUAUAUAUUUUUUGCAAAUAUAAACAAAGAAUAUAUAUUAUUUAUACUGCAUUUGAUGAUGAUUUUCCAUGAUGAAGCUUCAUCAAAUAUACCUUAAAUUAAAAUAUUUUAUCACAUGAAUAGUUAUGAAUAUUUUUCAAAAUAAAUGCAUGUAACUAAAUAGGUUUCUAAAAAUGUUCAUCAUGUUCACAUUCAUGCAAUAAAUUAUUUGAUUGAAUGAAUGUAUUAAACAAAAUAAAAAAAAAAUAGAUCAAGCCAAAAAUCGUAAAAACGACUUUUGUUACGUAUAUUUAUUUUAAGAAAUACCCUUUCACUUAUCGUAUCCAUUAUAAGUAGUUGUGAUACGAAUGAAAUACUUGAGUACCACCAAAGUGAGAUCUAUCAGUAAUGUAUCAAUUUAAACACUGGCCAAGGCAGAAGAAAAAUAAAAAUAAAAACUCUUUUAAUUUACCUUUUUAAUAAUAAAACGCAUUUUUGUCAUAUAUAUCGUUGUAUUUAAUUAUGUACAUUGUACUAUAAUAAUUACAUUAUAACAUGUUUUUGGACAAAUACAUUGCUUUUCGUCAUUAUUGGUAAAUCUAUUUCUGACAUCAGUACCCCUAGCGUGAUUUUACGCGAUAUUGUAUCUUUAACGUAAGAGUUUUGUUAAAGUAAAUAUUUGUAUGGAAAUUUGAACAGCGCCCCGUGAGCAUAUUUUGAACUAAAAUGCGGCGUGAACAUCGCGCGUGUGAACUUCGAAUAGUAAAACACGUAACCAUGGUAACGGUAGUUUGAAUGUAUUAGAAUCGAUAAGACUUUAUUUACGUAUAUUAUUGUUAAACGAUAAAGAAAUAUCUACGUAAACGUUAACUUGAUACGAUACUGCGUAAAUUCCUGCUAGGCGAGUACAACAAAUGGCACCUUCGGUCCAUCGCAUAUAAUAUAUUUUACGUUGCAAUUGGAGAUAAUAAAA